AUGGGAAAUAUCAUGUCGGUAUCUUUUGCUCCAGAAUGUACACCUGCCAAGAAUGCAUAUGAUGACUGUUUUAACAAGUGGUAUACUGAGAAGUUCUUGAAAGGCAAGUCCAUCGAAAACGAGUGUACCGAGUUUUGGGACACUUACAUUACUUGUAUUAAUGCUAAUUUAGCCAAGCAAGGAAUAAAGCCAAUGCUAGAUAAGGCUAGGGAGGAUCAACCGUUUAGUCAUGAAGAGAUACAGGAAAGUUUGAAAGAGCUGGGUAAAUGA